CCACACUUGAAAAAAAAAAAAAGGGGAAGAUUAUACUUGUUUUAAGUCUUGAGAAUCACUACAAUGGCAUCUUUCAACAGCUUCAUCUUGGCCUUCUUCAUGGCAUUGACAUUUUCUGGCAUCAACGUUUGCCUGGCAGCUCGUCAACUUCAGCAACUGCCACCACUGCCUAAAACAAUGCUACCACCAUUACCAUCUAUUCCAACACUGCCACAGCCUACAAUACCAACAUUGCCAACUACCCAGCCAACUCUGCCUCAGCUGGGAGCUCUAACACCGCUUCCAACCAUCCCUUCUACCAUACCAUCCUUCCCAAAGGUCACCCUUCCACCAUUGACCAGCAUGCCCUCAAUCCCCAAUAUUCCAACUUCAAUUCCUAUCCCAUUCCUCUCUCCAGCACCUGCCACCACUAGCCCUUGAGAAGAUGCCCUUUAUGUUAAUGAAAAACAGGGUCCUGGACCUUGCCAUUGGUAUGGUGUAAUUGCAAUUCGCUCUCAUGUCUCCUUGUUGUAUCAAUAGCGAGAUAUUACCAACCUUGAUUAUUUGUUUCUAUUCGUUUCAUAUUUUAUAUAAACAGUGUGAUAGUUCAUUCUUUUAAUAGAAUUCUGGUUUUUAG